CGGAGAAGAAGAAUGUACACGAACGAAAAAUCGCGCCACCUGAACAACCCGUGGGUCGUUCAUCAGAUGCUGCUCCAACAGCCGCAGCUUCGCGUGAAGCUCCGCGUAUCACCGCACCGCCAGUGCCAGCAGCCAGAAUCUUCAUACACAGUGAACAAGCGGCGUCGCUGGCGCAAGCAGGAAGAAGUUGCCAGCGACAGACAGAUAGCGUGAAAAUGCAACAAGCAAGAAGAAAUGCAUCCCGCAGUAAAAAAUCUAUGUCCCGUCGGAGGAACCAUGUUCUGGAUCAGUCCGCCCAGAUUAUUGUCGAGUCCGCGCGACUGGCCGCACGGGAGGCCUUGACAAACGACGUCUCACCGGCAGCAGGUGAGCCAGCUUUAUUACCCACCUUUUCUUCAGUAUCACAGGGGCAAAUGAAUCACAUUACAAAUGAAUCACCAUACGGGAAAAAAAAUGCUUCCAAGUACCGCAGUGCAUGGCCAGGCUCGCACGCAUAAGGUAGCGCCCAACAUAUACAACCAAGUAACCUGAGACACAGCGACGCUUCUCAGGAAAGUCGCGCCUUUCUCGAUAAGGUUUGCACUAUUUGGUUGGUGGCUACGGGGGCCGAACGCAAUGGCCAUGAGUGGACGCGGGGGCCAUCGUGCCUGAAUAGCUUGCAAACAACUCGGGGGAAGCAUUCGCAACCCAAAAUACCAAGCAAAAGCCCAUUGCUAAAGAUAGGAAAAGCGACGCCACAAAACUGAAGUGAUUACACCUCCAUACCGUCGGGCGUAGCGUCCCGAGGGUGUCGCAUUUUCUGAAAAAAGUUCAAUUUUUGCCAAAAAUCCAUCUUUUUCGAAGCAAAAAAAGAGGUGUAAUCACCUUGCGUUUUGUAGCUAUCAAUUAGCCCUAUGAUUCAUUUGACUCCUCCCGCUUAGUAUCUGCUUGAAUCACCCCUGCAAAAAGUCGCGACUUUUGGCAUCAAAUUGAUGCCCGAAACACGUCUUUUUCGCGUCAAAUCACCCAAGCAGAUAUCAAGUGGGUUUGGCUUUUUUUUUGUCUGAAACAGGCUGAGCAUCUCAAGUGAUUACACCUCCACUGUUCCACUUCCGCCACUUGGUAACAGUAGAGUAGGGCAAGAGUAAGUAUAGUGCGCCAGUAGCACCAUGCGGGGUAGCAUUAUGCACCACGGUAUGAUGCUUUGGGGCUGGUCUUGGGGUAUCUUCUAUGGCAUCUUCUGCGCACUACGUCUCGCAGUCUUCUCCUUACCAAAAUGCGACGCCUGGGGCUUUCGGUCGCAGCCUUCUCAAGCAUUCGCCCACUGCAAUCUACCGACCAGCUGUGUCUGGCGCGGGGGAAAAAGCUGCAGGCGCUACGGCAGUUGGGGGCGCUCCGAAUUCUUUUUUUUUUCGGCCCUAUGAUUCUUUUGAAAGUGAUUCACUUGCUCCUUUGAUAUUCAGCUGCUCCAAAAACAGUCGCUGCAUCGCAAGUUGUGCAGCAGCCAAAACCGCUUGUCGUC